UUAUCACUGCCGAUCAGAUCAUCUCUCUCUCUCUCUCUAUCACACACACACACACACAGUUCUUCGUCCUGCAGCUAUAGGACUAUAGGAGAGUAGUAGGAUCGUCCUGCAGCUAUAUAUAGUAGCGCGAUGGGAUCCCUGAUGUCCGGUUGGAGCUCCUCAGUGCUGAGUGACAAGGAAGCUCGUUUGAUGAGGAACCGGUCGCUGACAAAGGAGGAGGUGGCGGCGUUCUGGAGGCAGCACGGCAGCAUACCGAACGCCGGUUCUCCCCGCGCGGUACCGGUACAAUACUGCUGCACGAGGAGCGACGACGAUGGCUUCUUCCUCCCCGAGAACGCCGCCGAUAGCUCCGCCGCGAACCGCGGCAGCUGGUGGACUCGGAGCAGCUGGGCGUUCCUGAACGAGCCGCCGCCGCCGACGACGACGAGAGAGGCGGAGGCGGUGUUGGGCAGCAGGGCGCCGAGGAGCUUCGUCGUCGUCGCGUGUGACCAGCAGCUCCACGCCGCCGCCCGGAUCGUCACCGGCAACGCCUAAUAUGAGUGACAUACGUGUCUGUGGUUGUCACGUACGUACUGUACACGUGUGCUUAUACUACUCGUAACUAUAUAUAUAUAUAUAUAGCUUUGGCUUGAGGUUUACGUGAGUCAUCCAAAUAUAUGUCUUCCUCUUCGUAUAAUAGUAAAUAACAUCCAUACACGCGUCAUGCUAGCUGCUAUAUAUCUGCAGACCAUCG